UUACCAGAGAAAAUGGGAAGGGAAUCCCUCCAACUGUGUCUGUCUGUGGUCCUCUCUUCUUUACAUAAAGAAAAAUACCUCCACGACUUUUCAUACUUUUGUUAUCUUAUCCCUCCCCCUCACUCUCUGGAAAUUUCUUUCAUUAUAAAAUUUUCUUGAGAGCCCAAUUCUCCUUUUCGAUCAGUCAAGGUUCAUGUCUGAGCUUGACACCCAGGCCCCUGACCCAUUUGAUCCUUUUCCUGAGGCGUAUGCUGAAGACUCGAAAGAAUAUGUGCAUAUCCGCGUGCAGCAGCGCAAUGGUAGAAAAAGCCUUACAACUGUCCAGGGUUUGAAGAAAGAGUUCAGCUACAAUAAAAUACUCAAGGAUCUUAAGAAGGAAUUUUGCUGCAAUGGCACUGUUGUCCAGCAUCCCGAACUAGGCAUGGUUAUACAACUUCAAGGUGAUCAGCGGAAGAAUGUCUCAACCUUCCUUAUUCAGGCUGGCAUUGUAAAGAAGGAGAACAUCAAAAUCCAUGGGUUUUAGAUAUCGGCAGCAACAUAUAGAUCACACUGUGUAGUUGUGACUGAAAUCUAGGGGCUUGUUGCAUGUUAACAUCAACUGGACGUAGCCCCACCACUCUCUCUUCUCGUUUUUGUACAUUUGCAUGCUCAAUCCUAGAACUUUGCGUUAGCUGAAUGUGAAGUUUCUGAUGGUUGUAUACUACUACCAGCCUUACAAGUUACACGCGAUCCAUUUUCAUCAAUUCUAGAUGUUGAAGUAUUCAAAUUGAAAAUCUCGUAUGUAUAUUGAGUGUGACCAAAAAAUCUACUCCCGUCUCUCACCCAAGA